AUGGCUUCGCGAAAGAAUUCCUCCAGUGCGUCGCCCUCACCAGAUCAGGUCUUUCUUGAUGCGUGUACUGUUUACUUUCGCCAUUGUCACAACAAACCAUUCAGCUUCUUCAAUGCUAUUCUAUUUGACCAGAAGGUUCAUAAUAACCAAGCACCUCUCCAUCUGCGAUUAGCUCUGAUUGCAUCAGCCACUCGCUACUCAUCCUCGUCCCAGUGGAAGGAAAGGAAACAGAGCACGAUCGAUGGCUAUGCUGAGGGCUCGUGGAAGAUAAUCACAGCACCAAAUGUCAUAGACGAGAGUGACGAUGUAACAGUGAUACAAUCUCUUGCCUUGCUUGGUGUAAUCGACGCAACAGCGGGGCGACGGCGCCAUGCCUGGGUGAAAAUUGGGAUGGCAAUUCGAAUUGCACAAGAUAUGCAGAUGAUGUUUGAACCGAGUCCCGAGCUUCCAGAUCUGGAACAAGAUGAGCGCAGAAAUCUCUUUUGGUCCUUAUAUCUUCUUGACCGAUUCGUUUGCUGCUCUUUUCAACGACCGCCUGCGAUCCACGAUUCCGACUGCCUCCUAAAUUUAGCCACACAUCACCGCAAUGGCAAGAUGAUACCUCCUCUAACCCUGGCGAAGCUACUUACAGCUCGAAAUCGAAAGGAGCUCCCCUCAUCAGGCAUGUUUGGCGUCAGUACCGGGCUAGCCGCCCUCCUUGGAAGAACUAUCAGCUGUAUGAUGAGGAAUCCCCAAGUGGAAUUGCCAUGGACCCCAGGAUCCACGUACCGUGCAAUAUAUCAAGACUUGGAGUACUUCAAAGAGAUCGCAGUCAAGAAUGGACCUGGGCUUGCCGAGCCGAACCAAGCACGCCCGAUGGCUGAUCCUCCCAAUCCAGAUCGCGAGCAGAUUGCGCAUAUGAUCCUCUCAAAUACGCUUUAUCAUCUUGCCAAUUGUAUCUUGGCCCAUCCAUUCUUGGUUGCACUGAAAAUUCAGUCUAUCCCAUCCGCUGAUAUACCUGAGACCUGGCUAGAAGAAACCCGGUCGAGAUGCGUUGAACAUGCUGGAUCCCUCAUCACGGUUCUUGUCGAGGCAAAAGCUGCAGGGUACAUGCCCAUAACUUCUGUCUAUAGCUAUUGCAUGCUGGUGGCAAGUACAGUACACGCUCUUUUCAUUUACAGUGAGGCCACAUCCACGCGAGAAGGGUCCGCUAAGUACCUAAAGAUGUCUUUGAGCUACCUUUCAGAGAUGUCGGAGCUAUGGGACAAUGCUCAGAUCAUGUCUAACGCACUGAAAUACUUCAUUGUCCAAUGCUCCCGCUACAGCAGCAUACUAUUGCACGGCUUUCCCUCUUCUUACCGAACUAACAGAGACCGAAAUUUCAAUCCUAAGAUCAAUCGUGGACUACUGGGCAAUGAUGGAUCCACUAAACCCAGUUUUCAGGAUGGGAAACCUCAGAUCAACCGCAACAGCAGAUUUGGAAGAGAUCAACCUUGCCUAUAUGACGCCGCCUCGGCCAGUUGA